AUGGACUCUGGUGUGACGGAUUUGCCUAGCCAUGCAUGUCUUCCGGCCCAGAUUCAAACUCAUAUCAAAAAUCAGGGCUCGAACUCGUCCUUGAUGAGCCACGAUGCGAUGACAAUGGCCGAGCGCAUCCCGUCACCGCGCAGAUGGUCUCCCACCUAUAUACCCCGAAGGCGAAGCAGACAGAUGCCCUCACUAUCAUUUGUAGCGUCACCAGUGAUGCCGCGCAUAGAGUCGCAAGAUUUUUCGACCUCAACAUCACGGCGCCCCACAGAUCGCGGCCCAGCAGCUUGCAUGUCGCCUUUCCGCUCGGUUCGAAGAAUGAAAGAACCAUUUCAAUUGAUGCUUCCGACAUCACCAGCGUCCCUCGAUGGCCCUGCUCCUAACUUUCCUGAGAAGUCAACCAGGCGGACGAAAGCGCCGGCCGAGCACACAUUACGAACAUGGCGCUCAGACCAAAACCUGAAUUCUGGCUGCCUGGAGGGUUUCGGUCUUCUACCUAGCCCGCCUAUAACAGAAUCUCGUCCCGCAAGUGCGGGUCCAGAGUUAUCGUACUUUGAUUUCCACUCAUCAGAUGAAUCAUGUCCAUCAGGUGACAGACAGGCCGAGAGGGACGAAUCUGAUACUCGACCGGAGCGUUCCACAACACCCACAACGCUUGAAAUCGGAGAAAGGAUACAGUAUACAGCGUACCGCCCCCCAAAUUGGAAAAGUCGACCUCGAACCGAUGUCAUGAAUGUUCAUGAAGCCCACUCAGAGUUCGUACGGCAGUGCGAUUCUGGUAAUGCACAAGAGUCAAAAGCCCCAUCUCCCAAGAAGCCUGUGUCUCCUAAGUCAAUACACAGUGACAGGCUCCUCGUUCCUGGCAGCUCACCAAGACCUCAACGCCCCCGGACUGGGACAGUCUCAAGUGAAGCUAGUUGGGUGCCAAGCAACUUCUCAUACUGCGAAAGGUGGCUGCAAGGAGUCCCGGUUGAUAAGUUUAAUGACAGAAGCUCAUCCACAAAGGAGUUCACCAAUCGGCGCAAGUUCCAGAUUGUCGAGAAUGAUCCCCCAAUGCCGAAAUUGGACAUUAUUCCGGGAGCCAAAGCCCUUGAGGAACCUGUGAGAUUUGUUGUCGCUAGCAAGACAAAACCCAAGCUUGUUGAUAUCGCUCGGCAAUCAUCACCAUCCCUUCCACUGCUUCCACCACUCUCAUUGCUGCCACAAAUGGUACCGACGACCCCAGAUCAACGUCAAGAGGAAGUAUCCGCAUUUAGCCCGGACACCCCGCUUAAUCUGUCUGAUAGUGGUUAUGAAACUCGCGGCUCUCGCUAUUCAUUUGAUAGUUACGAUGAUAGCAAAGGCGAGGAUGGCGAUGACGAUGACGAUACAUAUACCGAUCCAGGGUCGUUGACCUCUUCGGACAGUGUGGGAUCAACCGUGAUUGGCGAAAGGCCCGAGACCGCGCAGGGGGAGUGUGAGGCGAGCCUACAGCCUGAAAUUAGAUCCGGCAGCGUGAGCCCCAAGGCAUCAUCACCGCCAACGGUUCACUCACCACCGCAGGCAUCUAUCAAGGUUGAAAAGGAGGAUGAACAGCCCCGGCUAUGGCACCAUGACUGGACGCUGGACGACCACGAAUGGACCUUAGAUGAGCUGGACCACUCCGUGAAAGAUUUCCCUCGUCACAUGCUCCGGCUUGCAUCUCCUGUCAUUGUAUUUCUUCGCAAAAAUGACGAGAAGGCCCUCAUUAGGCCCUUCCGCACCAUAUUCCCCGAUGUGUCAGAGAACCUACUCGACUGUCUCUGUGCUGCACUUCUUGCUCGAAACUACCUCCUCUCUCUACCAAACCUUCACCGAACCAAACCAUCAGUCUCUUCGCGCAAAGACGCAUACGCCGUCGACGGCGUCCCGAAAAAAGCAUUCAAUACGCUAGGCAUCCAACUUCCAUCUGGGUCUACUAACAAGCCCAAAGACCACCUUUUCAUUUCCCGUAGCAAGGACCUCCAAGCCCAUCUCGAGCGAACUGUGGACAACCUGCUAUUUGCCAUCUGUGGCCGAUCAGAUCCUACUUUGAAAUCAGCCGUUGAGGUUCUCGCUCAAGUCCUUGAAACCAAUGCCUAG